GUGGAAUCUACCAGGAGUCAAACAAACACCUUGAAAGCUUUGGAAGACAAGGUCUAUUGGACAAAAACUGAAAAAUGGCAUCAGCUCUGCUUCUGUGUCCAGUGCUGCUGGUUAUAUUGCUGGUCUCCCCUGAAGAGUCUGGGGCCUACCCUAUGAUUCCACUAUCCAGUCUUUUCACAAACGCUGUGCUCAGAGCUCAGUACCUACAUCAGCUAGCUGCGGACAUUUACAAAGAUUUUGAGCGUACCUAUGUUCCAGAUGAGCAGCGUCACUCCAGCAAAAACUCCCCGUCAGCAUUCUGCUACUCCGAGACCAUCCCUGCGCCCACCGGCAAAGAUGAGGCUCAACAGCGAUCAGACGUGGAGCUGCUUCAGUUUUCCCUGGCUCUCAUCCAGUCCUGGAUUAGUCCCCUGCAGUCUCUGAGCCGUGUUUUCACCAAUAGCCUGGUGUUCAGCACCUCCGACCGAGUGUUUGAGAAACUGAAAGAUCUGGAGGAAGGUAUUGUGGCUCUCAUGAGGGAUCUGGGUGAAGGAGGUUUUGGAAGUUCUACUUUGCUGAAGCUCACUUAUGAUAUGUUUGAUGUCAACCUAAGAAACAAUGAUGCUGUGUUUAAAAAUUAUGGGCUUUUAAGUUGUUUUAAGAAAGAUAUGCACAAAGUGGAGACAUACCUGAAAGUGAUGAAAUGCAGGCGUUUUGUGGAGAGCAACUGUACUCUGUAGAAAAUAGCAGACAUGAGUUAAAAACUGUCUUACUCUUUUAUAUCAUUAAAAUAAAGAUAUAGUAAUGGGAAGUUUUAGUAAUCAUACUCUUUUCUUUCGUGUCAGUCUUGCAAUCAAAACUGUUUUACUUAGCUUUUUUGUUUCACAUGUAUAUAGCAUUAUUUAAAAAAAAUUGAGUACUAUGAUUUGUUUUCAAGAUCUUUCAUAGUCAUGUGGCUUGCUGAAUUCUAUGAUGCAAAUGUAUGACUUCA